UCUCUCUCUCUCUCUCUCAUAUUCUUGUAAAUCGUUUUCCUUCAUUUCUCUAUCUCUGUUACUGAUUCUGAUACCAAUCGGAGCUCCGGAUUAUAAUUCGUGCCAGUUGUCGAGUUCGGAUCGGCGACUGCUGCGACCGAUUUGAAAGUUCGUUGUUCCUUUUACGCGUUCGUAUUUGCUCUUUUAUUUGAUUACUGCAUGUGUUUUGGUUGAUUGUUCUUAAUUAGUAUAGGUGAGUUGGUUGUGCUAAUUCUGUGUGUGUGUGUCUGUGAAUUGUGGGUGUUGAUUUUGAUUUGCUUGAUUAGCAAUGGAUUUUUGUUCUGAUGCAUUGCGUGUGCUGAUGUGAAUGUGAUUGGAUUGCAUUAUUUGAUUGAGCUUCUUGCUUGCUUGAUUGGUUGUGAUUUGAAUUUGUUGAUGAUUGAUGAAGUUGAUUCAGGUGCCUGAAUGCCAACUGGUUAGUCUAUUUAGGUUGAAAAAGUUUAUGUGAAAAAUGAAGAUCGAGCAGCUUAGAUUAGCUGCUGUGAUCAUUUGCUGGUUUAGCUGCUUCGGUCUAUUAAGCAGUUAGCUUUCUAACUUUAGGUUGGUGCUCGAGUCUGUGGUAUGAUCUCGAUCUGAGGUCUUGUUGUGUGCUUACCAAAUCUUGUAAUUUAAAGAGCUAGAAAGUACUACUUUUACCUUAGAAAGAAGUCCCACCUAACUUAUGUUUGUAAUGUGUACACUUGGUUUUUUUGGCUGAUGUGAGAUCGUUCUGUGAAGCUUGAAACAUGAAGUGUUUCUUGGAGAAAUGGUGGAAAGGUUUAGGGCUUUUUGAAUUUUUAUCUUUGAAUCACACUUUCUUAUAUAUGGCCUGGUUAUCUUUCAUAGAUGAUUCUGCGCAUUUGGUUUUGGCUAGUGAUGAUACGGAGAGCAUAUAGCUACUAGGUACUUGUCUAGUUUCAACUAGGGAUCGAUGUAGCAAUUUGUGUCUCGAGUCUCCCGUUUCCUUGCAGCAUAAAAUUUUGUCGUGAAAGAUUCAUUUCAUUGAAGGAGGGACUUGUUCCUUCUCAUUAUCAAGUGUGAAUAUGGAUGAGUGGCUGCAUAGGACUCGAGGUUUUCUGUACUGCCGGAUGAUCAUAGCUCUGCUGCAAGUCAAAUUGGCAAUUACAGAGAAGUGAUUGUUUCUCAUAAUCCUGAUGAUUGAAGACAUUAGAAUUAGGCAAAGAAAAAAAUUACAUCUUCAUAUUGUCGCGCACCCAUUUCUCUUGAACACCGCAAACUUACCAGGGAACGGUAUCUUUUGGAUUAUCCCAUCUGCACCCUUAUGAAAAUACUGAUCGUAAGACCCAUCAAACUCAGUUGUAGCGAAUGAAUGGUGGUAAGGUGUCUUUGGUUCUUCUUGGGUUAAUGAGUUCUCAUGCUCAUGCUUGGAUUAAACCCUUUGGUCCUAACUAACCUCCCUCCAUACAGUUGUUUUUAGUUACCAUCAAGUUGAAAGUGAGAGAAUAUUACCUGGAAACCCAUCAAGUUUUAGUCUUACUUGGCAUAUUGUGGUUGUUAAAAGGGGUGUUAUCUACUAUCAUGGAAACAUAGCGUUGUUUUAAGUGUGCCUAUUUGGUGAGUGCACUACUCGAUGGUGGCUUAACGCGGAACUUUUAAUUGAGGUAGGGGUGUCCUGCCUAUUAAACCUACAGAUUCUCCAUCUCGUAGUCUAUUACUUUUUUCUUCCAACUAUUUAGAACACAUUUGAUCGUGUGGUAUAUUUCUUUUACCAUAGGUUGGGGCUUCAGUUCGGUGUGCCAGUAUAGUUGCAUUUGGUUCCAGGAAUUAUUCAAGAAAUCAAGUGAUGCAACUGUAUUGCUUACUUUAAACAGAUGGAAGCCCCGGAGAUCCUGAAUGCUGGAUUGUAGUUAUUGUUUGGGUUCCUAUAGAACUACUUGUUUUGAUGAAUCCUCCUCUUGGAGUAAUGCAGAUUGGAGCUGUUCAACCUUGAUUUGGAUUUUGUUGUUGCUGAUUCCAAUAUUCUUCAGCAGUGUAGACGCAAGCAGUUUCAUGGGAUGUGUGCCUGGCUUGAUUGGCAACAGUCCCUAGGUGUUUAACAAGUGUUCGUAUAAUACAUGCAGGUGCUUUAGCCUUGUUGCCACUUGCCAGCUUAUAGCACUGUCACACAUUUUGAGAAGGUGACAUAUAAUGGCCCCAGGGAUGCUGAUGGAGGAUGUCUGCUCUCAUCCAUCAAAUGGGAAGGGCAUGCCUACAAUGGAAAAAAAGGACAAUGGAAAGUCCACCGAAUUUUUAGAUAGAGGAAUCACAGAGUACGGAUGUCCACAUUAUAGGCGAAGGUGCCGCAUUAGGGCUCCUUGUUGCAAUGAAAUUGUUGAUUGUCGCCAUUGCCAUAAUGAUGCAAAGAACAAUAUCAAAGUUGAUCCAAAACUAAGACAUGACAUGCCUCGUCAUCAAGUCAAACAGGUGAUAUGUUCACUUUGUGGUACUGAGCAAGAGGCUCAACAAGUCUGUAUCAACUGUGGUGUGUGUAUGGGCAAAUACUUCUGUGAGACAUGCAAGCUAUUUGAUGAUGAUAUAUCCAAGAGACAAUACCAUUGCGAUGGAUGUGGGAUUUGCAGAGUUGGGGGGAGCGACAAUUUCUUUCACUGCCACAAAUGUGGUUGUUGCUACUCAGUUCUGUUGAAAAACAGUCACCCUUGCGUGGAAGGAGCAAUGCAUCAUGACUGCCCAGUUUGCUUUGAGUUCUUAUUCGACUCAAGAAAUGAUGUUACGGUGAUGCCGUGUGGACAUACCAUUCACAAAUAUUGCUUGAAAGAGAUGAGAGACCAUCUGCAAUAUGCUUGCCCUCUGUGCUCCAAGUCGGUCUGUGAUAUGUCGAAAGUGUGGGAGAAAUAUGAUGUAGAGAUUGCAGCUACGCCAAUGCCCGAGCCCUAUCAGAAUAAACUGGUUUCAAUUCUGUGUAACGACUGCGGGAAGAGCUCAGAGGUUCAGUUUCACAUUGUGGCCCAGAAAUGCUCAAACUGCAAAUCUUACAACACCCGCCAAACAAGAGGCUGAACAAAGUGGCUAUUGGUUGCACCUCAUCUAGUGAAGGCAUUCAUCAAAAUGGGUCCCCGCCGUUACUGCACAUCUGCAGUGGCUUUGGCUGAGACUGCUGCUGCAGUCGUGCGCGAGCACUUCAUCACCAGCGGAGCUUGGACUAUUAUUUAAUUGUAUUAUCCUAUGUUCUCGCGUUGUUUUCCUUGUAUCGAUCUCUUCAAUUUAGUGAAAAGCAUGUUUCUCAUUGCA